AUGGCCAUCGGACGAAUUGCCGUUUGUGUGAGAUAUAUAAUACCGCCAUUCGCGUUUAUCAUUCACGUGUUUCCGAAUCCUGGCGUGCCUCCUUCCCUGGUCUUCGAACUUGCUCGAGUAUUGAUCUGCAUCGAGUCUUACUCCCACCCAAGGACGACCAGCCCACCAAUCGAUCAAAUAUUGUAUUUCGACGUUCAAGUCCCCUUGCUCUUCGUCCGCUUGUUCCAGAUGACUGCUAGCACCAUGGUCCACAUUAUUCGACAGAGUCAUGGUACUAUAGAGGAUAGCAUCGUGAAGCUGCGAGCUGUUCGGCAGAUGGUAUCAUCGGUCAUCAGGACAUUUACGAAUGUCGUUGCCGUACAUUCACGUGCUCUAUCAGCUGUCUGGACUCGGAUACCUUACUUCGAGGUCACUCCGAUCGAUGCCAAUGUUAAUAUGUGUAUACAGUCACUCGAGAAGAUCCACAGACUGUUGGGUGAUCAUCUGCUGGUCCCAGAGCGAGUUGGAUCGAAAUCAAAUGAUCAUUGCAAGGACCCUAAUCCAAAUCCGACGCACGAUUUGCAGUCGUAUGUCGUAUGGGUGGAGCGCUACAGUAGUGCGACUCUAAUCAAGUACAUGCCAUACACACUCGUAAUAGAGGUGCACGCUCGAACCCUUGGAGUCGAACCCUCUAGUGUGCUCGUUAAUUUUUCUAUAUCCGCCUUCAUCAUCCCAAUUCGAAUGUUGAUGACAAUGCAACACUGGAUCCACUUGGGCUCAAUGGAGGCAAAUCAGCCUGGUCAACGAGCUAAGCAUCUGCUAGAGGUACUCAGGUCCACAGGCACCACUUCAGUGGUCGAGUACUUCUCUGAAGUCCUGGAAACAGCCACCUUCCAGCAAUGGCAUCGGGAGCUAACAGACUUCUACCAGCCGCAUCAGGGAGAGAUCUCGACUCAAAGUUCGCCAAAAGCUCUUGUAUAA